AUGCUUCCCCUUCUCCCUUUCCACAAAUCCAUUCUCGAACGUAUACAUGACCCCGCAACCAGCGACUUUGUCCUUCUCGCGCGCGGCCUCGGACUGCGAAGAAUAGUAUGCACCCUGAUGAAGAUCUAUGACUCCCCACAGACUUUGACGCUACUGCUCAAUGCGUCACCUGAAGAGGAAUCCGCUAUCGGGGAGGAACUCGGCGUGAUGGGGUGUAGAAAGCCUGGUCUCAGGAUUGUCGGGUAUGAGAUGGGGCGGAAAGACAGACAGGAUCUAUACAAGCAGGGCGGCCUCAUUUCCGUUACCUCCCGCAUCCUCGUCGUCGACAUGCUCCAGUCCGAUAUACCAACCGAAUUGAUCACCGGCAUCAUCGUCAUGCAUGCUGAGAAGGUCACGCCGCUGUCUCUGGAGGCCUUUAUAGUGCGGCUGUACAGAGAGAAGAACAAGAACGGGUUCCUCAAGGCCUUCUCGGACGAACCUGAGCACAUCACCAGCGGACUGUCUCCCUUGAGGAAUAUCCUAAAGGAGCUACAGCUACGCACAGUUCACAUCUACCCCAGAUUCCACGAAGAGAUCAAGCAAUCCCUCGAACGUCGUCGAGCAGACGUCAUCGAGAUCUAUCCGCACCUCACUGAGUCCAUGAAGGACAUACACGGUGCCAUCGUACAGUGCAUGUCUACAACGCUCGCUGAGCUCAAGAGGUCGAAUACCACCUUGGAUCUGGACGACAUAAAUGUCGAGAACGCGUACUUUCGCUCGUUCGACGCCAUUGUCCGGAAGCAACUCGACCCCGUCUGGCACAAAGUCGGGCCAAAGACGAAGCAGCUCGUCAGCGACCUCGCGACGCUGAGACGGCUACUGAUGUAUCUUCUGACGUACGACGCACUGGCGUUCCACGCGUACCUGGAGACCAUCGUCACCUCCAAUAUCACCGGCGCGGGGGGCGGCCAGCGGCAGCACCAGAGUCCGUGGCUCCUCACCGACGCCGCGAACGUCAUCUUCCAGGUCGCGAAGCGCCGGUGCUACACGCUCUCGCGGAAGGCGCCGCUCGCGCCCGCGACCGAGCUUGAUCUAGCGGACGACGAAGACGCGUGGGCAGCGCUCGAUGAAGUCGAGUUCGGUAAUGAAGGUGGGCAUUCGGGCACCACGGACGGGAGCAAGAAGAAGUGGCUGCCGAAAGGGAUGGACCCCGUUCUGGAAGAGCUGCCGAAGUGGGAGACUCUGGCGGAGGUACUCCAGGAGAUCGAGGAGGAGAUGAUGAGAUUCGAGGGCAUAGGGUUGCGUGCAGUCACGCCGGGCAGCAAUACUGUCCUCAUCAUGACGUCCUCCACUCGGACCUCCAACCUUAUCACAGAGUACCUAGAGUCCAUGGACACAGACGCUCCGUCAGGUCAGAAAGGGAGGCGGAUGAUGGAGCGCAAGCUAAGGUUGUACCUGUGGUGGAAGAGUAAACUGAGUGACCGAAAGCAGGACGGUAAACCUGGCUUCGGGUUGCCCGAUAGGGUGGGAGAUAGGCUCACCGAUGACGCGGCGGACGGAGAGGUGAGUGAAGCCUUGAAGAAGAAGGAUCGGGAGAGGAGGGAGAGACAGCAAAGCAGGAGGCGAGUUAGAGGAGGGGCCGCGAAUGCCGCUCCGAGCCAAAGACGUGCGGAGAAGCGGGGCGCUGAUGGGGUUGUGGGUGAGAAAUUCGACUCUGUAUACGGUUUACUGGCGCCGCAGCAGACGAUAGUCGUGCGGGCCUACUCCGAUGAUACUGAUGACAUGAUGCUGGCGGAGAUACAACCUAGAUUCAUUGUCAUGUUUGAACCGAAUCAGGAUUUCGUCAGGCGUAUUGAGGUCUACAGAAGUUCAAGUCCGGGUUUAGGGGUCAGGGUAUAUUUUAUGGUGUAUCGGGACAGUUCCGAGGAACAUAAGUAUCUUCUUGGUCUCCGUAGAGAGAAGGAAGCAUUCGAGCGGUUAAUCAAAGAGCGAGGGUCCAUGCUUAUGCCCAUCCUCGAAGAGAGAAGAUCAGGCUCCAACGACGCUGUCAUCAAAACGAUAAGCAGUCGAAUAGCUGGUGGGCGUAAAGAACUGAACAAGGAACCUUCGAGGGUCAUCGUCGAUUUGAGAGAGUUCCGGUCCUCCUUGCCGUCGCUUCUGCAUGCGUCUGGGCUGCAAGUUAUUCCUGCUACCCUGACAGUCGGCGAUUACAUCCUUACGCCAGACAUGUGCGUGGAGAGGAAGAGUAUCCCGGAUCUGGUCUCGAGUUUCAACAGUGGACGACUGUACACGCAAUGCGAGCUCAUGUCGGUUCACUACAAGCAGCCGAUCCUCCUGAUCGAAUUCGAGGAGCAUAAAUCCUUCUCCUUGGAGACAGUCUCGGACAUGAAAUCGUACGUGAAGCCAACGGGCAAAUACCCUCCGAAGAAAACGGCCAACGGCCCUAACGACCCCGAUGGGCGCUCGUCCGGACCGACCAUCCAAUCCAAGCUCGUCCUGCUCACCCUUUCCUUCCCGCGCCUGCGCAUCAUCUGGUCCUCAUCUCCGUACGCCACCACCGACAUCUUCGCGGACCUGAAGACCAACAACCCCGAGCCGGACCCGUCCGUCGCUGUCUCCGUCGGCGCCGAGGAUGAUUCGGAGAAGGGCGCGGGCGUGAACGCCACGGCGGAAGAGCUGCUGAGGUGUCUGCCCGGGGUGACGGCAAAGAACGUGCAUUUCGUGAUGGGGAAGGUAGGGAGCGUGAGGGAGUUGUGCGAGUUACCGCUCGAACGGGUACAGGAGAUACUAGGCGUCGAGCCGGGGAAGGCGUGCUAUGAGUUCAUGCACAAGGGCGAGAGGAGGCGGUAGCAGUAUUCCGCACGCCCGCGUCUGCGGCGCGUUUACGGCGUAGUUGCACCAUUGUAUAGUCUCCUCACUCGAGGGCAGAGGACGUAUAGUAUAACAUUAUCGUACAGUCCGCGACCACCUGAAGCGGAAUAAUUAUACACACCGGUCCUCACCACCGCCUGUCCCGAAUACCUCUAUUGCCCCUGCCCCGCUCCCUCUGUGCCUCCCUCACUUCCUGCCUAUUGUACUGGUCACCGUAGGUAGUGCGGUCCUCGUCAUAGACCGUGCUCGGCGUCUCGCUCCC